AUUUGCUUCUUUUCCGUUACACUAGUUUUGUCUCCUUAUGUCUAUCAUCCAUGCCUUUUAGAAGAUCAUGCACGUGUUCUGUUCUAAGCUUUUAAAUAAACUCACGGGUCGUCCAGGAUUUUCAAUUGCUGAACGGAUAUUUAAUUUGCAAAAAUCUCCUUGCUUAAAAAAUAUUUCAAGAAAAAUGUCAUCGUACACUAUAGUUGAACGUGGUACUUUAAAUACUAUGGAUUAUAGAAUAUAUUUGAGAAAUGAAGACAGUCUUAUUUCUCCAAUGCACGAUAUUCCACUAUAUGCUGAAGAUUCGAAUAAAAUCGUCAAUAUGGUUGUUGAAAUACCACGAUGGACUAAUGCUAAAAUGGAAAUUAAUCUUAAAGAAACUUUAAACCCAAUAAAGCAAGAUAUCAAGAAAGGUAAACUUAGAUUUGUGGCAAAUUGCUUUCCACACCACGGCUACAUAUGGAAUUAUGGGGCAUUACCACAGACAUGGGAAAAUCCUGAAGUGUUAGAUGAAGCCACUGGAUUCAAAGGUGACAAUGACCCUAUUGAUGUUCUGGAGAUAGGUUAUAGGGUAGCUAAAAGAGGCGAGGUAUUAAAAGUGAAAGUUAUUGGAACUGUAGCACUUAUAGAUGAAGGGGAAACGGACUGGAAAAUUAUUGUUAUUGAUGUCAACGAUCCAAUGGCUGAUCAGUUGAAUGAUGUUAACGAUAUUGAUAAGCACUUUCCAGGGCUAAUGAAAGCAACUAUUGAGUGGUUCAAAAUCUAUAAAAUUCCUGAUGGAAAACCUGAAAAUCAGUUUGCUUUUAAUGGUGAAAUCAAAUCAAGAGAUUUCGCUUUACACGUAAUUGAAGAGGUGCAUCAGCAUUGGGCUAAUUUAGUUAAAAGGGAAACACCAGCUGGAGGCAUUGCUUGUACGAAUGUGACUGUAGAAGGUAGUCCAUUUCAAAUACUUCCAACGGCUGCUAGCGAAAUACUACAAAAGACGCAGGAGACAUUGGAUCAUCCACCCCCAGUUGAUUCUAUUGGACACUCCAGAAUUUUUGCAAAUGAAAUAUAGGUUGAUAAGUGGCAUUAUGUGCAUCUGAAGUGAACAGAACUACCACAUAUUUCACAAGACUGGUAUUUUUCAUCGAUUGAGCGACGUUAAUAUUGUCACGUGCCAAGCGAAUGAAGAAAUUGUAAUUUUCGGUACUUAUAUGUAUUGUCUUAAAUAAUAUUUGAAAAGCUUUGAAUUUGUAAUGAGAUAACAUUGGUUUACAAUUAUAUAAACAUACGACAAGCA